UUUGUAGACAUUUUUUUUUUUCAGUCAUUUUAUACCAAAUCAUUUAUUGUGUUUGAAAGGGUUCCCCAAAGCACAGUUUCAAAAGAUCAAGUGCAAAGAUAAUUAGUCACCUUGUUUAUUAUCACGACGACUCCGUGAUCUUAUAUAAAGCAAUGCACAGACAUUUCCAGAUGCAUAUACAUUAAAAACACUAGUCACUUUAUAUUAUUAUUCUAGCCCACUUUCAAAGUAUUACGUGCUAGUGGUACAUAUGUUGGAAGUUGAUGUUUAUCACGUCUAUACACUAUUCAAUGAAGCUCACAACUUAUCGGAAACACAAAACUAAGCAGUUUUUGCCUUUGUCCAGGUUUUUGGGUCGGUCGACAGACGCUAAACAGAAUAUUGCAGCUAUCGCGUUCCACCUGGAAUCUUCUAAUUUGGCAGGUAGAUUCUGGGCUUAUUAUUUUGUUGGGAUCUGUUCCUCGCACAAAAACAUCAGCAUCAGUAAAGCUUUUGUAAAGCAGGGAGUGUCACUAGCCAGGAUGCCUGUGCGAGUGGAUGACGUCAUGCGCUUAUGCUGCGACCUGUCUCAGCAGCAACAAAUGAAGGCCGCAGUGAAGCAUUCUGGGAAGGGGGCUUUUGUGGCAGGAGCAACAGCUUUCAUGGGGGGCCUUGUGGGAGGCCCACCAGGGGUUGCUGUCGGUGGUGCAGUGGGUGGCUUGCUGGGUUGCUGGAUGACCAGUGGGCAGUUUAGGCCUCUUCCCCAGAUUAUCUUGGAGAUGCCGCCCCAGCAGCAGCAGCAACUGUAUGACAGCGUCAUGACCAUCAUUGGGAAUUUGAACUGGACUGACGCUGCUCAGCUCUCAGCGCUGGUCAUGGGGAAUGCAGUCCUGCAGCAGAAAGUGGCAGCUGCUCUCGUGACUUACAUCACACAGGAGCUCAGAGCUGAAGUCCAGUACGGGGACUAGCCCUUAUUAUUAUUAUUUUACUUUAACCAUGUGUUGUAUGAUCAGAGUCCAAAGCACAUAAUUGUACAAAUUAGUCAAAAUCCUAUAAAAAUGUUUUUAGUUGGCAUGUUCAGCAGGAUCAGUGGUAUACUGACAUGAGAAUUGAGGCUAAUCCUAAUGUAAAAACUUGAGGGUUUUACUGUUCAAAAGUAAGCCACCUCAGUGUGUCCUUGGAUGGAUGCAAUUGAACAUAGGGUUAGUUUGUAAAAAAAAAUAAAAUAAAAAUAAAAGAUCAAUACUUAUUUUGGAAGCUCAAUAUUAUAGCAGAUAUUAAACAUUGCAGGACACAUCUACAAAGCUUUUGCUCCAGUGAAAAGUGUAUUCCACUCUUUUGAAAGGAAGGUUAAAAAUGCUUCCGAAAUAGAACAUAACAACUUAUGUCUAGUUCUUUAACAAUAGCAUAUUUUUUAUUUCACUUAAACUAAAAGGUACUGGUAUAAAAAAAUGUAGAUGUAAGAUCCAAGUUUAUCCUGAUAAAUAUAAGAUGCUAAUAACCUGGAUAUUUGAUAACUGUUAUUCAAACAACAAACUAAUAUCUAUUGAGUGGCAAAAAUAGACUGAAUGCCGUUUUGAAGUGUUGAAUGUUUACUUAAGCAUAGGGUAAGCUCAGAACCUUGUAUUUUAUUUAAGAAAGAAAAAGCUUUUUUUGACCACUACCUCAUUAAAUGGGUUUUAGGUGUAUUUGAUUAUUGCUGACCUGGUGUGUGUGUCACUAUUGUUUUCCUGGUCUUAAUGGUGGUUGAAUAAUGGCCUUAAAAAAAAAUAAGUUUAGGUAAACUAUGUAUCUGUGCCUUUGGUUCAGUAUCACUAUGACUUGAAAUGCUGGUAAUAUUCUUGACAAUGUAAAGAAUUUUAAUUCAAAUGUUAAUAUGAAAUGAGUUCCAGUAUGUAGUAACUUGAUUGUAAUGGAUACUGAUGUAAUGAGGUUAGUGGUGCACAUUAUCAUAACUGUGCUUCUGUUCAAUUUAGUAGGUUUUAUUUUAUUUCUUGUGCUCAUAUUUUUUUAUUCUCAAAAAUAAUCAUCCACUUUUUUAACAUUAAUAUAGGAAUUGUAAUUAUGAUUAGACAUUAUUAAUAAGCAGGGUUGCUGCUGCCGUAGAAAAUCAUUCACGGCCAAGCAAUGUACAACGUUGUGAGCAGAAUUUAUUUUUAAUCCUUAAAAUCAAUUGACAUGACAUUCAAUAUAUGUACUUAAUUGCAUGACAGCAAUAUAAUGUUUAAUCAAGGAACUACUUGGGGUGUGGCGUGUAUACUGGACACAAAGACAAAGAGAUAUUGAGAUUUUGAUUAGGUUAUUUUUUAAAGCUGUGAAUUGUUGACAUUAGCUGACAAAAUAAAUGUUUUGAAAUUAA